GUUCGCUCGCUGCCGCCUCCUCUCUCGCCAUGUCCUCCGACGCGUCCGCCCCACCACCACCCGCGCCUGCCGCGAAGCUGGCCGCCAUCCCGCUCCAGAGCCUCUACGCGCAGCUCGCGCCGGUCACGCUGCGCGCGGACGACGCGCGCGCGACGUUCACGAACUGGGGCCUCAGCUACACCUGCACGCCGCUGUCCGUGUUCGAGCCCGAGACGGAGGAGCAGUGCGGCCUCGUCCUGGAGCUCGCGCGGCGGGAGGGCAAGACGGUGCGGGUGGCGGGGAUCGGGCACAGCCCGAGCGACCUGGCGUGCACGACGGACUUUAUGUUGCGGACGACGAGGCUGAACAGGGUGCUCGAGGUCGACGCCGAAAAGCACCUCGUCGUCGCCCAGGCCGGCGUCAUCCUCAGCGUCCUCCACGACGAGCUCGCCCGCCAUGGCCUCGCCAUGCGCAACCUCGGCUCCAUCUCCGACCAGACCCUCGGCGGCGUCGUCACCACCGCCACCCACGGCUCCGGCAUGCAGUACCCCGUCCUCUCGAUGGACGUGAAGGCCCUCGUCCUGCUCCUCGCAGACGGCACCCGCACGCGCUGCUCGCGCGAGGAGAACCCGGAUCUGUUCCUCGCGUCGAUCUGCGGGCUCGGCAGCACCGGCCUCAUCCUCGAAAUAACCCUCGAGGUCGAGCCCGCGUUCAGGCUGAAGGAGGUCCAGGAGUCGCAUACCUUCGACGACGUGGUGGGAAACCUCGACUCGAUCGCGCACGCCGCCGAGCACGUCCGCCUCUGGUGGUUCCCCCACGCCGGCGUCAUCCGCGUCAGCAGCUCAAAUCGCACGUCCGAGCCCCGGAAACCCGUCGGCACGUGGCUCUGGCACUCCGUCGUCGGCUUCCACCUCCUCCAGUUCCUCCUCUUCCUUGGCCGCUACAUCCCAGCCCUCAACCUCUGGAUCGGCCGCUUCAUGGCCUGGCUCGUGCGCGACAGGACCGUCACCGUCGACGAUAGCCACCGCGUCUUCAACAUCGACUGCAAGUACCCGCAAUUCACGACCGAGUGGGCGGUCUCGUACGAGCACGCACAGGCCUGCCUGCGCGAGCUCCGCACGUGGCUCGACAGGGAGUUCGCAGACCCCGCGGGGCUCCGCCCGCACUCGUCCAUCGAGAUCCGCUUCUCCGCGCCCGACGACAUCUGGCUGAGCCCGAGCUACGCCCAGCGGACGUGCUGGAUCGGCCUCGUGCAGUUCAAACCAUACGGGCUGAACGUGCCCUACCGGAAGCUCUUCGCGCAGUUCGAGACGAUCAUGCUCAAGUACGCCGGGAAGCCGCACUGGGCAAAGUCGCACCCGCUCGGGCCCGCCGCGCUGCGCGCGCUCUAUCCGCGCUUCGACGACUUCGUGCGCGUGCUCGCCGCGGUCGACCCCGCCGGCCUCUUCCGCAACGCGUACGUGCAGCGCCACAUCUACGGCAGCACGGACGCCGCCGCGGGCGCGCGCGUCUUCAAGAAGAUGCCGUGAACCUCUGUCUUCGGUCUUCGUGCGCGCGCCGCUACACCCAUUGGACGACGCGUUGCAUUCUCCGGCCCCUGAAGCUUAGACCGGUGCGCCGCAUCUAAUCCCGCCCCCGCUUAGCCUACUAGCUACUACCUGCCCUAUCUAUCUACCCACCACCCUUUCUUCCUGCCUGCCUGGGGCGGCGGCUGCAUACGAUAGUCGAUCCCGGUGCCCGUCUUGUAGUCAAUAUCCUCGCUCCUCUCUAGUACGCCCGGUGUAUGUACAACGCUUCUGUAAUCUC